AGAAUUAUCGAUAGCGAUGUGAACGAUAGAGCAGCCGUCUCUGAGUUUUAGUCUUUCCUUCGUAUUUUACUUCGUGUCGUCGUCGAUUUUGUGAACAAAAAAAAUAAGAGAAAAAUUGAAAGCCAAUGAAAUUUUGCUUCAGCAUUUUGAGCAAAAUUUCAAGAAAUAAGUGCAACAUAUAGCUAGCAACUCACUGCACAUAAUUUUGCUAACAUACACACCCUUUCCCUCCUCCAUCGUUAAUAAAAAAAGCCGUCAAAAUUGAGUCGACAAAGAUUGACGAGACUUUUCCUCCAACAACUGCUAUGGAGGAUAAAGCAACAACAAAAGAUCUAGAUCAAUGGAUUGAGCAGCUAAACGAAUGCAAUCAAUUGACAGAAACACAAGUUCGCACACUCUGCGAUAAGGCAAAGGAGAUCCUAUCGAAGGAGUCCAAUGUGCAGGAGGUCAAAUGUCCCGUUACCGUGUGCGGCGACGUUCACGGCCAGUUUCACGAUCUGAUGGAACUGUUCCGGAUAGGCGGCAAAUCGCCCGAUACAAAUUAUUUAUUUAUGGGCGAUUAUGUGGAUCGUGGCUAUUAUUCAGUGGAAACGGUCACACUGCUCGUCUCACUAAAAGUCCGGUAUCGGGAGCGCAUCACAAUCCUGCGCGGCAAUCACGAAUCCCGACAGAUCACACAGGUCUACGGCUUCUACGAUGAGUGCCUGCGAAAAUAUGGCAAUGCGAAUGUUUGGAAGUAUUUUACCGAUUUGUUCGACUAUCUACCAUUGACGGCACUGGUCGAUGGCCAAAUCUUUUGCCUGCACGGCGGCCUCAGUCCGUCAAUUGAUAGCUUGGAUCAUAUACGUGCACUCGAUCGCUUGCAGGAGGUGCCCCACGAGGGGCCCAUGUGCGAUCUGCUCUGGUCCGAUCCCGAUGACAGGGGCGGCUGGGGCAUUUCGCCCCGUGGAGCGGGCUACACCUUUGGACAGGAUAUAUCAGAAACGUUUAACAAUACAAAUGGUUUGACUUUGGUCAGCCGUGCACAUCAGCUUGUUAUGGAGGGCUAUAAUUGGUGUCAUGAUCGCAACGUCGUCACAAUAUUCUCAGCGCCAAACUAUUGCUACAGAUGUGGUAAUCAAGCGGCUCUCAUGGAACUGGAUGAUUCACUUAAAUUUUCAUUCCUUCAAUUUGACCCAGCACCGCGACGCGGAGAGCCUCACGUGACACGAAGAACACCCGAUUAUUUCCUUUAAGCUGUUUUCUUUGCUCUCGGCACGAAUGCAGCUUACAACAACAUUUACUCACACAUUAUUACAUCGCAUUAUAACAAACAAAAAAAUACAGAAAAGAGAAAAGCAAAAACAAAUAUAAACAAAAUCAACAAACACCAAUAAUAAACAACAAGAAAACAGCAAAAAUUAAAACAAAAUAUAAGUAAAGGCAAAUCAAGAGAAAACAAAGCAGUAGCAGUAACAACAACAACAAUAAACAAAUUCAAUGCAUUUUCUAUUGUAUAAAAAAGGAGCCAAGCAAAAAUUAAUUCUCUGAGCAUAUAAAUUGUAAAUGCAUUCGAAUUUUGUUGAAGUAGAAGAAAAAGAAGGGGGUGGAGAAGAAGAGAGCGCCAGACGAGUUGAUAUCAAGCAGCGAAUGAUGGAGAAGAAGCGGGCGGGGCGGAUAAUACAAUCCAAUCAAACCUACCAACCAACCAAGCAACAACAAAACAAAAAUGAAUAAAGAAAAAGGAAAAAAAAAAACACCGCAACAACUACAACUACUUAGCUAAAUUUGUUAAUUUAUAAAAUAACGAACUAAGCGUCGCAAGCAAGCAGCCUGAAGGAUGAUGGAUGGAUGGACGGACGGAUGGACAGACAAAUGGAAGGGAAUGGGGAAUAGUGGAACGCAGUUGUGGGUUGGGUUUUUGACAUGGACGUACAGUUUGGAUAUGAGAAGCGAGAGGACAAAACAAAAGAAAAGAAAACAACAACAGCAGCAGAGCAAAAAUACAGGAGCGGUCGGGGGCUUUGUCAGCAGCAGCGCGGGGCAGUUCUGCGAUUCAAAUGAAUUAAGAAAUAAAAGUUUAAAAAAAGAAAAAUUAAUAUUACUGAUUAAAAUUAAAAAAGAAAAAAAAAGAUUAUUUAAAAAAAAAAAACAAAAAAAAUAUAUACACAAAAAAACAAAAACAAGAAAAUUCAUGCAGCAAAUGUGCCUGUUUUCACUUUUACGCCCACAUCAUCUACAAAAAUUUCAUUUUGCUUUUUGCAAACGAAAUAAAAAAAAUAUAAUAACCCCAAAUCAUAAUAAUAAAAAACAAAAAACCAAGAAAGUUUACAUUUUUUUAAAGAGUUUCGUAGUAACAGUGAAUGCAGGCACAUAGGCCUGAUCUAUAAAUUAAGUUCAUAUGUAACUUUAAUAAUAAUAAAAACAAACAAAAAUAAAACAACAA